UGCACUUACCAUAUCAAUUAGCGUGAGCGCGGGCCGCGUUGCCAAGACCCGACGCGGGGCAAGAUUCUUUCUCUCUUAGGCGCCUUUUUGCAGCUCCCAACCCCGCUAAGCAGCCAGAGUAUCGACCGAUUCGACAGCAAUCUUUUUUUGCACGCGUUCGAAACCCGCCAUCAACAGCUUGCAUCAUCUACCGCAAGAGCGCGUUAGAAUUUUUGCUACAUUCGAUACCAACUUUCGCGAUCCAAGGCAUUCCCAGUACCAGCUGCAGCCACUCACAUCUCGAUCUCACCCUAGCAUCUUCCACAGUGCGCGUUCGAAUCGCCGCCUCGCCACUUUUUGACAUGCCUUAAGCGCGUUUCCUUGUAUUCGCAUCACGCUGCCCGAGUUGAAAGGGGACGGGUGAGAGCACCAUGGCGACGGGCUACGACAAGCUGCUGGAAUUUCUGCUGUCAGAAAUUGCACUCCGAGGCGUACAAGGUAUGCAUGACUCGGAUGCUCCAUCAACCGGGCUUGGCCGCGCGUUCUAUGAGCGCCUAUGGCAAUGGCUCACUAAUCAUUCCGAUAUUCGCAUAGUCUACCAGCAGGAGGUUCGUCAGUUCACUCUUUCCGAAUUCGAAGCGGCUGAGCUACAUGAGACCGGUACGAUCGGAGAGACGCAUUCAACAAACCUGAACCAGUCGCCCACCAAUACAAUCAAGGGGAUAGUGCGGCCUUCUAAAGCGCUAUGUGGUCUAAAAGACUCUCUACGCCAACGCAUCCUCGAAGACGGAUACGACCAGAAAGAACUUGUGACUCUGCCGUCUGAUACUCUAGCUCACAUGCCCAUAUCAAGACCAAUUCGCAACCUACCAAGCGAAGCGUCUCGCACCACGGAAGCCUUCGAUGAACCCGACUCUAGUAUCACUGCCCCUCGCUUGUAUGCCAGCCAAAGCAGAGUUUGGCAGGCGCUUACAGGCCACGGUAUUGAUUUGAAGAAGGUUCCCAGCAUGGAAUUCGUAUUGCUUUCUCUCAUUGCUGCUCGUGGAGCGGCUGGUAUCACACAACCUGAAUUGAUCAACAUCAGCGGGCAAGACAAGAGGUCUGUCCCUAAACGAACAGACGAGUUGGCUCGCAAGAACUACAUCGCCAAGAUUUCCGUUCAGUCAAACAAGAUGCGCACUAGUCUCUGCAUCCAUGCCAAGUUUGUUUCUCAGAACACCUUUAUCAAGUCUAGUGCCAUGGAAGACGUGUAUCAAGAGGACGGUACAUUUGUGGUUAGGAACUUCGCUCAACUGUUGUAUAACGUUGUUGGUCAAGGUGGUAUUGUACCCACGCGGUCAAUCAGGGAAAAGCUCGAGGUACCCAUGUCUCGAUGGAACAAACGAGCUACGCAGGGCGCACUCAUCCGACUCGAUCAAAGCGGAAUGAUUAAGCGACGUAGAGUUCUCAAGAAGGCAUCUUCCGACAAGUGGAUUACUUGCAUUCAGGUGCUGCGCGAACCCCAGGAGGAGGACCUCAAGAACCUUGGUUUUCGACGCGUAGCUGACCUUCCGAAUGACUCGGUCGACGAGCUUCCAGAUGAAGAUAUUAAUGGCGAGUCGCUGUUGAAGGAUCUCGAUGCAGAUAUGCCAGACGACGCAGACGCCAAUGUGGACAACCAUGUCAAUGCUAAGCCGGUUGCCAAUAAUGCUGAUAGCGUUCCUCCUCAGUGGAUACCCGACCGCUUUCUUCCUAACAUCAUCUUCAAUGCCACGGCUCUGGGCGGUGCUCAGGGUUGGGACGCUGAGGCUCUGCGCAAUCGGAUCGUUGGCCCUUUCUGGAGGCGCCCGAUCGAGUCAUAUUUAGUUCGUGUGACAUGCGACUGGGAGAAGACACAACCUAUUCAUCUACGACACCUAGCAGUUAUUCGAGAUGCGGGUACUACCAAGCCCAAAAAGUAUAUUCAUUACCUCUACCGCACAUACGAAAAUUUUCAAAAAGCUGUCGAGGCGAAGAUAGCUGUCUGGGAGGGUGUUAUGGUGCCUCAAGAACCUGGUCAGAGUUCGGAUAACGAGCUUGUCCUGGAUGCGUGGGGGUUUCCAACUGUCAGUGCGGAAGAUUUGGUUCGGGAGACCGGUUCGGCAACACUAUCUGAGGCGGGUUCAGCCAUCGUGAAACCGCGGAAGAAUGGUCCACGAUGGGAUAACGCAGUGGCGGAGGAGGCCGGCUACAAGAAACUUGCAACGUCCGUUCUGAAAGUCAAAACACCAGGUCGAAUCAAGAAACAGAAAGUCACCAAAGAGAAGCCCGUUCGGACGUCGAAAGCCCCCAAAGCUUCUAGGAAACGCCCGACUAUCAUGCUAACACCUGAGGAGAAGACAUCGCUAGGGCUUGAUGGUGAUGCCCGGUUGAGCAAAAGCGUCCAGGCCCAAAUCCUCGCCCAUCGUCAGAAAACAGGUGACCCGUUUUCUCUGCCUGAUGCGAUUGUGGAUAAUCGAGCAAAGCGUCAACUACCUCAGCCACUGCUGACAACAGAGGAGCGGUUGGCACUAGGAUUGGCAGCCAAAGGGCGCUUGGGUAUCGCGACAGAGAACGAAAUUCGGGCAAAACGUGGACUACCCCAGCUGGUGAAAAAGGAGAAGAAGCAAGUGACAAAAGCCACGAGCGAACCUACUGUCCUCAGCAAGUCGCAGAGGAUAGCUCUGGGCUGGACAGAUCAUGGUCGGUUACCGCAAGCGAUCAUAGAAGGCUUACGCCAAGAGCGCGAAGAUGGUAUCUCCGUGAAAGAUUCAAAAGUCAUUGCGAGCUGGGACACAGAAAUGAAGCGCAGGAAAGAGGAAAGUGACAAGAAAAAGGGCGCUAAACCCAUCCCGAAGCAGACCACCCUAACAGAGGAUCACGAUGUGUCUAUGGAGAAUCCGGACGCCGAAUAUACGCCUAAUCCUGCCGCUGUGGAACCCGAGGCUGAGAUUCUGUCGUCCAAUAUCAUCACAGGGAAGCGAAGGGCGGAAGACUCUGUCAUCACUCCAAAGACGUCAAAGAGGCGACGUAACAGAGACACUGUACCAUACAGGUCAACCUCAAGAUCUAUGACAUCAAUGUCUCCCUCGCCCACUGAUGCAACAAGUCCACUGGAAGACGGUACUUCAGUGGCCUGUCCAGAUGAAAGCCGUACCGAUGAUACAAGCCAAUCGACUUCGGCGCAAGCCAUUCAACCUGUCCUGGCAACACCUUCGCCAGUAAGAGAUUUUAUCUUCCCAAGCGUAGAAGCCAAACAGUCUCCAAAACAUGUAACGACGAGGAUAUAUGUUCAACCCGAUACCUCGAAAUUGGAUGCCCAUGCUCGAAUAGCCUUCGACCAGUACGAGAAACGACGCGGCCCAGGUCUCUUUCUCAAUCCUUAUAUGAAGCAGAAGGUUGCUCGAGGCCGACCACGCAAGGCUCUAAUGGCCACCUUCAAGCUACCGCGUCUAGCAGACUUUGAAUGGUUUACAUUGGAGUCGGUUCAGGAGCAGGCCGUAGACCGAAUUGACCCUACUGCUACUCCUGAAGCUGGGUGCAUCGUCAUUGAUCAGCAGAAUGAUAACGUGGUCGAACCGCAUCGAGAACCUCCAGUCGGGAUAUCACCCGAGGCACACACGCAGGUGCAUUCACUGGUCAACUCGGAGGUUUCUGGUUCACGACAAACGCCUUUCGCUGAAAGAAGGUCACGAUCCUCAGUGCAACCCCAGUCACCGAGUGUCAUAGAGUCACAGGAGAUUGUUGUGGAUCACAAAGUGUCAUCUCUCCCUACCAAAAGCUCAACUUUGUCGGAAUGUGGAGCAUCGCAAGUCGGCAACGAGGUUAGCAGGGCAGAAGCAUUAUCGUCCGUACCCGAAUCCACUAUUGCUGAAGACAGGGACGCCAAGCCGGCAACAACUGCAACCGACACGAUCGUUGAAGAGCAGGUCAACGCUGUUUCUGAAGUUGCACCGAGGCGGUCACCACCGAAAGUCUCACCAACACCACGCAUAGUAGGCGGCUGGGCUCCCAUCAAUGCGACUGAGCGCUCCCGCACGACACCUUAUCAGAGCCCUUAUGCUGCCAUUGUAGGCUCAGAAGCUCGUCCAUCACCAGAUACUCCGACUAGUACCCAGAUUGGUGAAGAACCCACCCUCAGCAUCGCCGAACCGCCACUUCCUACUCCUGGGACCGAAACCGGCACUUCCCCUCCCGAUGCCAUUCAUAGCUUCAUUGUAGAGACUCCAGCACCUAGUGUUCCAGGCACCAAGCCCAGGAAAGCUCAAACCGGUGGUAUAACAGGCACUCAGCGCGCGCUGAGGCAAAAGCUUAUCGAGAAGAUCAUCGACACAUGCCAUGGUGUUUUCCCUGGUGGUGGUGAGAUGUCAAGACCAUUUCUUACGCUUUGGAAAAAAACGUACCCAAAUAUCGCAGAGCCUUCAAUUAGCACCAUUACCGAGACACUGAGGAAUAUGUCUGCAGACCCGCGAUUCAGGCUGAAGCAUUGGACUUUUGCUUCGCAGCACAAGAACAUGCCAGGUACUGCGACCAGAAGGAUGUACACACGGGCACAUCUGAACGAGAGAAGUCCUGAGGUCCUCAAGUUGGCGCACAACAUGGCGCAAUACUCCCAGCAAAAAGAAAACGUUCACCGUGUGUCAGAGAAGUCACUCUUGUAUUACCCAGAGGAGAUCCGCGAUCUGAUCGGCGAGGUUGUAUCAUACCAACCAAUCCAAGCUGCUCCCAAGGAUGAGAGCAUCAUUCUCAAUCAGCUAAAUCCUGAGCUAGAAAAGCAAAUCACUGAAGCCAAGCUUCGAAAGCGCAGCAUAUGGCAGAAACAGAAAAGGCUGGAGGCCAAGGCUCGCAAGGCCCAGAACGCUCAGGUCGAACAAGUAUCUUCUAAGCAGAUUCGAGACAGUAGCGGUGGGCCGCAUACAAAGCGGGCGCGACUUGCUAGUUUAAAUGAUAAGAGCAAGAAGCUACGUCGUGCUCCUCUGUAUGCUGCCAGCAUGGGAGCUUUUGACGAAGACUCCGACGACGUGGCAGAUGAUGAACCUGCCGCCAAAUCUGGACAGAUCUCGCUCAUCUGGACUCGACCCAUCGUCGCGCCUGUUCCGGAACGCGAGCAACUUUCCGAUGAUGAGCCGCCUGAAGACGAUGAGAGCGAUGAAGAAGUAACUGACUGGGUCGCGCAACAGGCGCAAAGCAACGCUGUAGAUGAACAGAUCCCGCUGGAUGUAACUCAGUCCAUCUCUGCGGACGAAUCUGCUGCCGUAGAGAAGGGCAAGAAGCGAGUACGGAUCAUAGCUCCGCGCGACCAGUCAUCCAGGAAGAGAACCCGUACCACCCCAGCAACAUCUACAACAACGCAAGAUGUGGAAUCUACCUAUCACCCUGGUAUGGAUGAUGAUGCACGAUCUGCUUCGGAGAUAGACGACGAGUCUGAGGGCAGCGACAACGCUGUACAUUCCAACACGAAGAAGCGAAGGAUGAGAAACUUCCAUGGACGGCAACGAGGCAAGCCGGGUCCUCCUCCAACCUUAUUGGAACGCCUCACUGGUCUAACUGGUGAUCCAAACGAUCCAAUAUACCAGCCCCCGCAGCGUGUACCUAGACCUGAAAAAUCACCUCGGUCAUGGAGCGAGCGGAAGAGGAUACGCAUCAACAGGUUCAAGAAGGAACGGCAGUAUGCUCAGGCUACGGACUCGUUGGAUGAUUUCAAAAAGCUCUUCUAUACUUUCAUCGUUGUUUCUUCUCUAUCCGGAGAGGACGGGCAGAUUGACUGGAGACUUUUCAAGAGGAUAUACGACAGUAACAGAUUCUUCGAUUUGGCGAAGACCAAGAAGCUUUGGGACUGGAUGCAGAAGCACAUGUCUGAGCAGGUUUUUGAGCUUACCACUACCUUCCAGUCGCUUUAUCUUGAAGCUUACGAAACUGGCAAAGUCGCAGCUAUUGAGAAUCCUGAGACGCACGAUUGGACGGGUCUGGUACGAUGGGCCAUGCGAAAGUGUGCCUACCCAGAUCUUCCUCUCCCCGUCUUGAGGCAAGCACUGCAACAGUUCACUGUUGAUGAGUCAAAAUACGAGAUAUUAGAUCGUGUGCUAUGGUACAAAGCUGCGACAGCAGAUCGAACGAGGACAAUGCUUCAGCUACAACAAUCCUUUACUGCUCCACUCCAUCGAUCGCGUGAGGCGAUCUGGUCACCUGACGAUAAGCUUCUCAAGGCACGAUCAUGGAUUCGUGCGAACACAGCUACACCGCAGGCGCUUUAUGAUGCGAACCUGGCACACGAGAAGUUUAAAGACAUUGGUGAGACUGUAUUGGUCAAUGUUGUGGGUGAUCUCGUGGACAAGCAGCAUCUCAGGAUGCGCAAGCUCAAGCGCCUCCUACCCGGCCGCAACUAUAAUUUCACGCAAGCCUUGGCGAAGAAGUACACACGUUUGUUCCAGCUCGACGACUUCAUGAACGCCGUCAAGAUCAAGAAAAAGAUGGACGCUGCGUUUGCAGACGAUGAUCCAGGGCAGAGAUUUUACAACAUGUCACGCUGCGAAGAAGAUGGCGCUUUUGCAGCAAUCAUGACCAUGGUAAACGAGGGGACAGUUAAGCUAGCUCCUCAGCUACCGCCUGUCAACAACGAAUUCGACGCCUCGCUCCCAAAGCUGUCCGUUUGGGGCUUUUGCGAAGGCGGCUACAACCACCGAGCUAUAGACAGAAGCCGUUUGUUCUGGGACAUUCAUGUCGUGCCGACAGCAGACUACAAGUUUGGUAACCCACUGCAGCCGUUGUCCACUCCGCUCUCGCCUAUGCAGGAUGAGCCUGCGAUCUGGCGGGCUCUACCUGAGCCGCCUCUUCCUGGCAAACACGAUGCUGGCGCACUGCUACCCAUUUGGAGCAGUAUUGACGGCCAAUCCGUUACAUGGCCGUGGUGGUACCGGGUUCUGAACUUGGUGCUACAGCCCUUAAUCUUCUUAGCUGGCGCGACUGUUACCGAUAUUCACUCCCAUUGUCCUGAGCAUACCACCGAGCUGUUUGAGAUUCAGCUUGUCUUAGACUGGCUUGAGUCCAUCAAGGUAGUCACCAAGACGGUUGGCGGCGGUUACAUUACCCUUCCCGGAUUUUGGGCUGCAUUCGGCGACCAGCUGCGUGAUACGGAAGACGACUGGUUUGGCGAGCAUGUCAAGCGUAAAGCGAAGAACCACGAGAAGCAGCGUUGGCGCGUCGAUUACAACUUGAGGCACUCAACGUUACAAGCGCGUAAGGUAACAGGCGCUGACGCUGCCCCCGUCGAGGAAGAAGGCGAUGCGAAUGAUCCGGAGGUUGGCGCCGUGGAGACGAGCACGAGUCGCGAGAUUCUCAAGAACCCGAAACAACAGUACAGGAUCAUACACCAAGCCCUCAACUCUGAGCAAUCUCAGGCAGAGGAGAACUGGUCAGAAACCAUACCCCCUUCCGGCUCUGCGACUCCACAAACCGAGCAAGUACCAACUCCAGACCCGACAGUAAGCAAAUCUCACACCCCCGAGGCCACGGGUGUGCCCAUUGAUAACGUGGAGAUGGCGGACGCGGACGUGGAUGCUGAAGGCGAGGAGGACAUUGAUGCCGAAGGCGAGAUCGACGAUGACAUAUAUUGA